GUGACAGGUUAUGUUUGCAGUUCUAUCACUUCCUCUCAAACUGAUCAUUAUCUCAGGAAACUGUAAUCCUGAUCACUCUCUUUCUCUCUCAGCUCUCCCUCCUAGGUCAACAAAGCCCAUGACCUCCUCCAUGAGCCACAACUGCCUCAGGGAAGCCCCAGUCUUUCCCCUGCAAGAUGCCGAGUGGUACUGGGGAGACAUUUCCAGGGAGGAAGUCAACGAGAAGCUCUGCGACACACCUGACGGUUCCUUCCUGGUUCGUGAUGCUUCCACUAAGACACAAGGAGACUUCACGCUAACACUGAGGAAAGAUGGCCACAGCAAGUUGAUAAAGAUCUACCACCGUGAUGGGAAGUACGGCUUCUCAGAGCCCCUGACCUUCAGCUCCGUGGUGGAGCUCAUCUGGCACUACCAGCACCAUCCUCUGGUGGAGUACAAUGCUGUGCUGGACGUCAUGCUCACACACCCUGUAUCCCGCUUCCAACAGGUAGGCAGGAGACACCCACCCACACCUCUCCUCUACUCUCAGUCUCAAGACAGUCUUCAAAGAAUGGAAUAGAGUAGAAUAGAAUAUAAUACCAUUUUUGUGUCCAUUUGGAGAUGGAAGUUUGUGAGGGAGUGAAAUUUGCCUUUGGUUUCCUAAGUAAAUGGAAGAUAAUCGUCAUACACAGACAAGUUAGCCAAUCGGUUAGUUGUCUGCUAUAUUACAUUUGUCUGCAUGUCUGUACCCAGGAUGAGCUGGUGAAAGAGGACAGUGUUGAUGUGGCUGGGAGGAAGCUCCAGGAGUACCAUAGUCAGUAUCAGGAGAAGAGUCAAGAAUUUGACCGUCUAUACGAGGUCUACACUAAAACCUCACAGGAGAUCCAGAUGAAGAGAACAGCGAUAGAUGCCUUCAACGAGACCAUGCUGAUCUUCGAGGAGCAGUGUCGUGAGCAGGAGCGUUACGGGGAGGAGUGUGAGAGGAGCAGUCGAUCUGAGGGAACAGACAAGGACCUGGAGAGGUGAGUUUGGCAAACUAAGGCAACAACAUCGCUGCGUCUAUCCCACAUGGAAUCUCCUCAUAUGCUCAUAGUGUGGAUAGAUAGAUGUCUCUUUAUUGUUUCCUCCUUCCAACAUGCGUGCAGCUGUGUUUCAGCUUAGUGGCAUGACCCAUGACCCAUCUUUUGACCCCUUAUGACCAUUGACAUUUGCCCUUCCAGCUUCCUGAUGAACUAUGAGAAGCUGAAGUCUCGGCUGGGGGAGAUCUACAACAGUAAGGUCCACCUGGAGCAGGACCUGAGGACCCAGGUCCAGGACUAUAGAGAGACAGACCGGAGGAUCAACAGCCUCAGGCCUGACCUCAUAGAGCUACGCAACAUCAGGGACCAGUACUUCAAGUAAGUUGCAAUACUUCUAUUCUAUUUUAUUCCAGUCACUGUUAAUGAAAAGUAGCUUUUUUCAAGCCAUUCCCACUGGGAAAAACUAGUUGAAUAAACGUUGUUUCCACAUCAUUUCAACAACAAAAAUUAUAGGUGAUGACGUUGAAUCAACAUAAGGGAAUUUUGUCAUUUUUUCACCCAACCUUUAACCUAAAUCCAAUGACAUGGUGAAUUUAUUUGUUGAUUUCACAUUGAAUUCAUGUUAGUUGACAGCUCAACCAAAAUUAAAUCAAAACUAGACAUUGAAAUGAUGUCUGUGACCAGUGGGUUGGCACGGACGUAAUUUUUUUGUCCCUUUGGUUUGUCAGUUGGCUGAGUCACAAAGGAGUGCGACAGAAACGCAUUAACGAUUGGCUGGGGAUCCAAGACGAUAGCAGUGACGAGUAAGUAUUUCAUAGUAUAGACCUAAAUUCUUAUAAUACUUCUUAAUUGUACUUAGUUGUGCUUAGAAAUACUUGUAGUGCAUAUACUUGUUUAGAAAUGAUUAAAUACACAUUUAUUAAUAGUAAGCACACUAUUUCUUAAUGAUUGUUAUCAAUGAAAGGUUUUAACAAUGUCCUCCCUGGUGUGUGUGCAGUACCUAUGUGUUGAAGGGGGAACGGGAGAGGCUGGCGCACCAUGAUGAGGGGAGCUGGUUCGUGGGCGAGCUGAGCAGGACGCAGGCUGAGGAGAUGCUGAUGGACAAACCCACCGGAACCUUCCUGAUCCGAGAGAGCAGCAAGCAGGGCUGCUACGCCUGCUCUGUAGUGUGAGUGUUCUCUUCCUGUGAGAAAUGAAUAAUAUGUAAAUGGUCAUGAAGGAAAGGAGAUAGCUCUUGUAAAGCAGUUACUUCACUUUGAUGCAUGUUUCAAGGCUCAGGGGCUGCUACACUGGUACUAACGUAUCUUUAUUUUGUAACCUUUCAGUGUGAAUGAAGAAGUAAAGCAUUGCAUGAUCUACAGCACGCCACGUGGUUACGGCUUCGCUGAGCCCUACGACCUCCACUGCUCUCUGAAGGAGCUCGUACUGCACUACCGCCUCAACUCCCUGGCACAGCACAAUCAAGCCCUGGACGUCCGGCUGGCGCACCCCGUCCACGUCACCCCUGUCUCGUCAGCUUCGCCCCGCGCAGCCACAGAGGACUGCCUGCUACUAAAGACAGAGGAACACCAUCUUCUACAGACUUCUACUAAACUACCCGCUGGACUCCCUGCAGCCGCUCCAGAGAUGUAGACUAGACGGAUGUGGGACCUGUUUGCGUACUGUAGCAGUCCUACUAGGACAACUUGAGGGCGGAUGUGCUUGCGUACUGAAGCAACUUGAGGGGGAGGAUGAGUUUGCAUACUGAAGCUAUCCUACGGAGACAACUUGAGAGCGUACUUUUCUCGAAGAAGAAGAAUGUGUGAAAUUUGCACUAGGAUGAUUCCAACAGAUUUGUGAAUGUGAUUUCACUUGAUUGGAACUUUGACCGGAACUUGAAUGUCAGCUGGGACUUUGUGUUUUUAUAAGAUUCUGUUUGCUAUUGUUUUUUUUGUACCCAUUUUUUCACAUUCUAUUUUAUGGGAUACUAUUUGUUUUCAUUAGUGGGCCUAGUCAUCCAGUGGAUGACUGACAACAUGUACUACAUCACAAUAUGUUUAUAUUUGUCAAGUGCUCUUUUUUAUUUGGACUUCCAGGGCCCCAUUUUGACAACCCAAAGAACUGGUGCUAAUGUAAAAUGAGACCGUAAUACACCCAAUACCUUAGAAUUUAGAUUUCUUUCUAAAUUGGUGUGAUGUCCAUGCACGGCAGAUCAUUUAAAGUGGGUUUUAGAAUAUAAUGGUGCAGAAAAACAAGAUGGCUGACUCAGUGGCAUAGCUAGCUGUGUUACGUACCAAACUCGUUCUGAGUAUUUGAGUACAUAGUCAUGCAAGUAUAGGAACUGAUGUAGCGCAAUUUGACAAUAGCGCUGAUUUAUUUCUGUUGUCAAAUUAUAACCCAGUUACCAGUUGAUAUGUACUGUAUGUAGCAUAAACCAUUUUCUGGAUAUUCUUAGAACAACAUUUUCCAUAUUGUACCCAAUAACCAAAGCACUUCUUAUUAGUGAGAAAAUAUGUAUUCCGACCAGAAAAUUACGUUUAUGGUGAUGGGGGAAAAACACACCACACAUGUGCUUGAUCAAAACAUAAAUGGACUGUACAUUAUAUUCUGUUACUCAAAGUAUUUUUUUAUAUUAUAUAUAUAUCUUCUGAAAUAUGCCACAGAAGAUAAAAGCUUGAGGAAAGUGCAAUCCAACAGUAUUUGUAAUGUUAGAAUUGAAUGAUUAUGAUUAUCGGGGGUCAUCAGCAUUUGCCAUAGAAAUGCACUAACUCUUGAUUGGUGGCAUUAUUCAUCUGAUGUGACCAUUUUUAAGAACAUUUUGUGUGAACUGCCAGAGGCGCGGAAAUGUUAAUUCUGUCUCUAUUACUUGAACUAUGGCAUUGCUCAAUACAAGCAAUGAAUGUUUCGUCAUGACAUAUAGGCCUACAUAGCUUAAGAGGAAAGUAGUCCAUGUUGUUCUUAUCACAUUUGUCAAGUUUGAGAACAAUAGACACUGAGAGACUGUAAAACUUGUUUUUGUGGUUGGUUCGAUGGAAGGUGUUUUAGUCUCUCUUUAAAAACUUCACGGGAGGAUUGAGGAAACUCCUGGGGCGAAGUUAAGCAAUGUGAGAUUAUUAACCUUUUCUUGCUGAAAGACAAUAAACUGAUGAGGG